AUGAGAUCAACAAACGUUGUUUUUAGUAAUCCUUCACUGCCUUUGAAUCUUGCACAUUCUGGAACUGGCACUGUAACACUCAAAUUACAGCAUGAGUCUAAUAUUGAUGUUGCCAUGUCGGGUACAGGCCGACUCACUUUAUCAGGUCGCAUUCAGGGGGAUGGACAACUGAGGUUUUCAGGCACUGGGGAAUUAAAUGCGUUCUACUGUCCAAUGAAAAUUGUGGAUAUUCAAAUGUCUGGAACUGGAUUGGCUUAUGUUUAUGGUGUUGAAGGAGUUCGUGCCAUCUUGAGCGGAACUGGUACCAUUUGCCACCGAGGACCUUUACUUAGUCAGAUAAUAAGUGGUACUGGUUCGAUCAGAGAGUGUAUCCCUGAAGAGACAACUGAAGGACCUGCACAGACGACCAAAGAACCUGCACAGACGACCAAAGGACCAGCACAGACGACCAAAGGACCUGCACAGACGACCAAAGAAUCUGAACAUUCGUCAUCAGAAAGCGGUCAAAUCAUGAGUAGAAAUCAACAAUUAAUGAUGAUUCUUACUACUACAAUUGUCUUUUUCUUCUUCUAA